UUUUCCUCCUAUUUAGAUUCACUGGAAAAGCUCCGAUGAAACGAUUUCUUUCGCACCAAGAAAAAGCUGAAUAAUCGAACGAUCAGAUCUCCUCCGAUCCAUGGCGAAGGAAUUCAAUGUGCCGCCGGUGGUUUUCCCGUCCAGCGGCAACCCCGCAGCCCCAUCUGCUGGUCCACAGCAGCGCCGACUGCCGACGGCGCCGUUCCAACCGCCGAGAUCCUCAAACCCCGGCCUCCCCUUCCUCUCGUUCGACGUGAACUCCGCCGCCGCAUCCACCUCCUUCUCGGCUGCGCCGCAGUUCCCUCCCAACAUCGGCGGAGGCGGUGGGGGAGUCGGGUUUGAUGACGAGCCGCCGCUCCUCGAGGAGCUUGGAAUCAACACCAAGCAAAUCUACCAGAAGACGCUCUCGAUUCUCAAUCCUUUCCGCCUCAAUCACCACCUCCACGAGGACGCGGAUCUCUCCGGGCCGUUCCUGUUCCUGAUGGCGUUCGGAUUGUUCCAGCUCCUCGCCGGUAAAUUGCACUUCGGAAUCAUCCUCGGAUGGGUGACAAUGGCGUCAAUUUUCCUCUAUGUGGUGUUCAACAUGCUCGCCGGAAAAAAUGGGAAUUUAGAUAUGUACAAGUGUCUCAGCCUGAUUGGCUACUGUAUGCUUCCGAUUGUGAUGUUAUCGGCGAUUUCGCUGUUCGUGCCGCAGGGCGGGAUGGUGAUCAUGGUAGUGACAGGGAUAUUUGUGAUCUGGUCGACACGUGUCUGCACUGGAUUGGUGGUGGAGCUAGCGAGCUGUGGCGAUGAACACAGGGGCCUAAUCACGUAUGCUUGCUUCUUGAUUUACAUGCUUUUCUCACUGCUAGUGAUUUUCUAGUGGAGCAAGAGCAACACCAUUACACUAGGUUUGAGUUACAUUUUGAUUUAUAAUAGUUUUUUGAGCUUAGCUUGGAUUUAUUGAACUGUUGUUUUAUUUUUUUUUCUUUUUAUGUUUGUGGGUUUUUACAAUUGUGAGGAUUCUUAGUGGGAUAGAGAUAUGAUCAUAAUUUUGUUGUGGAAUUAAUGUGAUUCAUAAUGGAAUGAGGAAUUUAGUCAA